GGCGCCGCUGGGGCUGCUCGCCCGGCGCGCCGGGGGACGUGCGCGUGCUGGGGCUCAACCUGCUCGCCGACAGCAACAGGGCGAGGAGGAGUGGUCGGCCACGCCGCCAGCUGCGCUGCAGUGGGUGGCUCGGGCGUGGAGGCUGCUGGAGGUCAUGCUGGAGGCAGAGCCGGACCUGCUGUGCCUGCAGGAGCUGGACCACUUCGGCGACUUCUUCGCGAGGGAGCUCGGGGCGGCGGGCUACGGGGCCGUGCUCCGGCCCAGGCCCUGCCCGGCGGAGGACGCCACGGCGGUGCUCUGGCGGCGGGACGCCUUCCGCCUGCUGGGCCAGGACGACUCGCUGGACUACGCCGCCGUGGCAGUGCUGGAGGACCAGGGCCCGGCGCACGCCGGCCGGCGGCUCCUCGUCGCCAGCGCCCACCUGCGGUCCGGCAAGACGGCGGAGGCGGAGCGCGAGCGGGCGGCGCAGGUGGGCGCCCUGCUGGACCUGGCCGCCGAGCUCGCCGAGCGGUGGGCCGGAGGCCCAGGCGGGGCGGUGCCCCUCGUGCUCGGCGCGGACCUCAACGCCGUGCCGCAGGCCGACGGGAGGGCGGGCCCGCCGCUGGCCUACGGCGCCGCGCUGGCGCACCCGGUCGGGCUGCGGAGCGCGUACGGCGGGGCGUGCUGCCGGAGCGAGGGCGCCGAGAGGCUCGACCUGGGCGGCGGCGCGCUGGAGGCGCCGUACACGACCUGGAAGUUGCGCCCCAAGAAGGGCGAGAUCAGGCGCACAGUGGACUUCAUCUUCCACUCCGCCGCCGACCUGGAGGUCGCGGCGCUGAUGGAGCUGCCGCGGGCGGACGAGAUGCCGCCCGAGCGCCUGCCGACCUUCGCGUACCCGUCCGACCACCUGGCGAUAGCCGCGGACCUGCGCUACGCAGGGGGCGGCGGCGUUGACUUUGCCCGAUAGCCUCGCUGCAGGCGGUGCCGCUGGAGACCGCACCGCGACGGGGUGCACCAGGCAGCCCAAGAGCUGGGGAGUCAGAGAAUCACCUGGCGACGACCGACGGUUUCGGCGGCAAUGCCUGAUGUGAUGGAGCUCACCGUCCGCUCGUUCCGCAGCGGUUCCUGUCUGGGAUGCUGCCGUGUUCUGAGCAUUCGGUCUUCCGUGUCGCACGUCGCCGUUGGUCGCAUCCUCGCAGCACAGGGCAGCGGUGCGCUUGGUGACCGCGUGCGUCUCCUUCGUGAUGCUGUUCCCGCCGUGGAGCUACACAUCCAACGUCAACCUCCGACAUGGCCAACGAGAUGCAACAGACGUGCCCAUACUCAGGAGGCACGGGACCGAGCCUCCUCCUGGAUUGUAGGCUUCAGCGGACGAGUAAUCAUGAGAUGCGCCCCCCUCUGCCUGUUCAGCAGUCUUGUUGCCAACCUGGCAGCAGGUUCCGCGACAAGCUCAGACCGAUGCCAUGUCGUGCUGGUCGCUCUCUCUCUCUCUAUCUCUCUUUCUUCGGAGGACCCUCGAGGAGCAUCUCGGAUCGUCCUGUGGAAAGAUUUGCACGGGCGAAAGCGAAGAGUGCACGGGGCAUUGCCGUGCGAGCGAGGGCGAGCAGUUUGGGCGCUCUCGGCAGCGGCCGGGGCAAGGGCCGCGCCGCAUCGGGCGAAAACCGCGGGCAGCUGCGCGAGCAACUGGCCGAUUCCACGCUGG